AUGGAUGAGGCAGAGGAGGAAGACAAGCCUCCUGCAGAAAGCAAAACUGAAAAGUCCAAGACAUCUGGAAAGGAUGAUGAAGAAGAAGAGAAGGACGAGGAAACUGAGCCUAAAGCCAAGCGAUCUCAUAAAGACAACCACUGCAAAUUGGAUUUGGUGGUGCAUGGGCUGGUGAAGGGUCUGGAUGAGGCACUCUUUCGACAAGUGAUUUCCUUCUUGUGCUGA